AAACUUGAAGCAACGGCAGAAGUCGAAGCGCCAAGGGAACUCUUUUGAGUGUACCUCUUUACUUAUAGCUUCAUCUCCAACAACAAGGCAGAAUGCCCGACGAGAGACGAUUCACAUGGCAGGCGUGUCUGGCUCUACCUGUUACUGCCAUGAGGUAGGCAAAAUCUCACCCUGACUUAAAAAUGGAGUUUCAUCCAAUGCAUUGGAGAUUUGAUACAAAGAAAAUAAUCUUAGUUAUAGCAGUUGUGACCACUGCUGGUGCCGUGCUUCAGACUUGUUCACUUCCUCAUCCAGCAGCAUUUCGGCCUCUGUUCUCUGUAGUUACAGUUACUACAUUUGAGACUCCAAACAACACUACACGGAAGAGUGAAACUGUACCUUCUAAUGUUAGAGAUGAACAACUGCCUGCAGUAUCGUUUCCAGUGAACCAGCCUGCAGACCAGGCCACACGGGUAGCACCUCAGGCAAUUACUUUGUUCAAUUCCACUAUAUCUAACACAACAAGUGUUACAAGCCCCAAUACGCCACCAAGUGAUGAUGGUCUUAGAGAGUCAGAUUUUGCUGAUCCUGUUUCAGAAAUUGUCUAUGAGAAUGACAGUACUGCUAAAAGUUCCAGUAAACAGGAAGCUUCUGGUUCUUCUUUGGCACAAAAUAUUGUGGAAGGUUCAAGGAUGUCCAAUUCACACGCCAAUUUCAUUCCAAUAGGUGAAAACAGGAAUAAAAGAAUCAGUCCGAAGAAUGACAUACCAAAGCUGAAGCUGAAAGCACCUACAACAUUGUCUUUUCCUAAACGUACUCGGGCAGAUUCUCGUACAAAGAAUGAAGUGGGAUUUAUGCCCCCAGAUCAGGCUCUUCUAUAUGCCAAACACGAGAUUCAAAAUGCCCCUAUAGUUACAGAUGAUCCUGAUCUGCACCCACCAGUAUUCCGAAAUGUUUCAACAUUCAAAAGGAGCUAUGAACUCAUGGAAAAGAUACUUAAAGUUCACAUAUACCCAGAUGGAGAGAGACCAAUUUUCCAUACACCAGAGCUGAAAGGAAUUUAUGCAUCUGAAGGAUGGUUUAUGAAAUUGAUGGAGGAGAACAGACAAUUCGUAGUGAAGGACCCAGAGAAGGCACACUUGUUUUACUUACCUUAUGGCUCUCAUCAGUUAAAGCUAGCUUUGUAUGUUCCUAAUUCGCACAAUAUGCGCCCACUUUCUAUCUAUUUGAGGGACUAUGUGAAUACAAUUGCAUCAAAGUACCGGUUCUGGAAUCGAACAAGAGGAGCAGAUCACUUUCUUGUCGCUUGCCAUGACUGGGGUCCAUACACUACGAAGGAACAUGAUGAACUUUGUCAUAACACCAUAAAGGCCCUUUGCAAUGCCGAUCUGUCAGAAGGGUUCUUCGUUCGUGGGAAAGAUGUCUCACUCCCCGAAACCACUAUCCGCACUCCAAAGAGACCCCUCAGAUACCUUGGUGGAAGACCUGUAUCCCAGCGGUCAAUCCUUGCUUUCUUUGCAGGAAACAUGCAUGGGCGAGUACGGCCAGUACUUCUAAAGUAUUGGUCUGAUAAAGAUGAAGACAUGAAAAUCUAUGGACCUCUACCAAACCGAGUUUCCAGACAGAUGUCCUAUGUUCAGCAUAUGAAAUCAAGCAAGUUUUGUAUUUGCCCUAUGGGUUAUGAGGUUAACAGCCCAAGGAUAGUUGAGGCAAUUUACAACGAGUGUGUUCCUGUGAUAAUAGCAGACAAUUUUGUGUUACCUUUUGAUGAUAUUUUGAAUUGGAGUGAAUUUUCAGUGGUUGUGGCAGAGAAGGAGAUACCCAAGUUGAAGGAUAUUCUUAUGGCUAUUCCUCUUAGGAGGUACAUUGCUUUGCAGAAUAAUGUUAAGCAAGUGCAAAAACAUUUCUUAUGGCACAGCAAACCUGUUAAAUAUGACAUCUUCCACAUGAUUUUGCAUUCUGUAUGGUUCAACAGAUUGAACCAAAUUCAAUCUUGGUUACCCUUUCACAGUGUCCAUCUUUCAGUUUGAUAGUUAUUCAGAGUGGAAGAGGACUAUGGUUACACAUCUUGGAUCGCAGAAUUAGUCGACACAUAUGGAGGUUGUACAGGGGAAUCAUACUUGACAGGGGUGUGGAGUCUACAGGCUUCCUCUUUACUUUAAGGCCGGGUGGCGAUGCUUUAUGUGAUGGCAAGAUCACGGUAGAUGGAAGUGAGAUCAGGAGCUGGUGUUGCAGGUGCAAAAUGCCGUGGUCCAUAGUCACCGGCAGAGUUGUCAUUCUGUUGCUCAUGUUGCACCAACAAGGAAGUCUGUCGGCCUGGUGGUUUUGCACACCAGGUCACCUGCACCUGACCUGGUCUACAGUCAUGAGACGGCCAGGUAAAUCAUUCCAACUUCCUGUUAUUUUGUACAAAAGGGAAAAAAUUCGAUAUAAUCCAUUUUUUCAUUGUGUCCUCACAAGCCUCCAU